AUGGGUGCGUGGCUUUUUAUCCUUGCGGUUAUAGUUAACUGUAUCAACCUUUUUGGUCAAGUCCAUUUUACUAUAUUGUACGCCGAUUUGGAGGCUGAUUAUAUCAAUCCGAUCGAGUUAUGUUCGAAAGUUAACAGCUUGAUCACACCGGAGGCUAUUUUGCACGGUGUUUUGACAACACUUUUCUUAUUGAACGGAUACUGGUUUGUGUUCUUACUCAACUUGCCCAUAUUUGCAUACAAUGCAAACAAAAUCUACAAGAAGGUGCAACUUCUGGACGCAACGGAGAUCUUCAGAACCUUGGGAAAACACAAGAGGGAAAGUUUUUUGAAAUUAGGAUUUUACCUACUGAUGUUCUUCUUUUACCUAUACAGAAUGAUCAUGGCUUUGAUCGUUGAGAGUGGCGAAUAG